GUCUCCCAUGACAAUGUUACUCUGACCAGGCUUUUCGACUCACGCCUCGAGAGAUACCCCUCUACUACAACCCGUCAACAACUAGACACACUAGAGUCUCUUCUUCACCUUUACUACUAAUUUCUCGGAACCAAUCUCGCGCGAUUGUCUUGAUCCUACUCCUCCCCUCGAGUUCCUCUUUCCACAAGCACCUGGCGACAUGGCGAUGCUCCGCGCGGCCUCCGUUAGUGUCUCCGACUUGCAACAUCCUCGAUCAACGAUCCUAACUUCCAAAUAUGAUGAGGAUGCCGGUACACUCACGGAUAGUGACCCUCGAAUAGAACAGGCUUUCGAGGAACACGGGCAAGAUGAGGAUGGUGAGGAAGAAGAGGUGGACGAUGCUGUCAAGGAGGAUAUGAAGAAGCUUGAAGAUACUUUCCCGGGGAUUUCAGAUCGAUUUCGUCUGGUAAACAGAAUUGGAGAAGGCACAUUUUCGACCGUUUACAAAGCGGAAGACCUUUUGUAUGAUCACUAUAACAACGACUGGGACGUGUUUCAGAACAAUCAAAGCGAUGGUUGGGGAAAUCCGCCAUCGAAAAGACGCCGAAUCGAAACGGGAAACGCCCAUUCGGGACCAACGAGACAGAGAAAACCAAGAUAUGUCGCGCUGAAGAAAAUCUACGUGACAAGCAGUCCACUACGUAUUCAAAAUGAGCUAGAGUUACUCCAUGAUCUUCGGGGAUGCCGAUCCGUAUGCCCUCUGAUCACUGCCUUCCGUUACCAAGAUCAAGUUGUGGCGGUCUUGCCCUACUUCCCUCACACAGACUUUCGACUACAAUACCGCACAUUUAUGGUUGCGGAUAUGCGACAUUACUUCCGUUCUUUAUUCACUGCAUUGCAUUCGGUCCAUAAGCAUGAGAUACUACAUCGUGAUAUUAAGCCAACUAAUUUCCUCUACAACCCCGACCUUCGAGAGGGUGUCUUGGUCGAUUUUGGUCUCGCAGAGCGCGAGGGCUCUGAAUAUACCGGCACCUGUCUAUGCGCGAAUGCGAACUAUAUGCGUCGCAAUCGAUUCGUACAGAGCUACUACUACACCCACUGUUCAGCAUCAGGCCUCUCCGUGGGUUAUCCGAAAAGCGAUUCGCGGCCCUCAAGGCGGGCUAAUCGCGCAGGCACGCGAGGGUUCCGUGCGCCGGAAGUUCUCUUCAAAUGUACCUCUCAGACAACGAAGAUCGACAUGUGGUCUGCGGGGGUUAUUCUACUGACACUCCUCGGUCGUCGAUUCCCAUUCUUCAACUCCGCGGACGAUGUUGAUGCGCUGAUAGAAAUGGCGAGUAUCUUUGGUACGCGACGCAUGAAAAACGCAGCGGCCAUGCAUGGACAGGUAUUCGAAACCAACCUUCCUACAAUUGGAGAAAAGGGAUAUGGUUGGGAGAAGUUGGUGAAAUGGUCUAGCUGCGUGGAAGAGCUGACGGAUAGCGAGAAGCAAGCCACGCGUCUGCUGGCCGGGCUCAUGGAAUUAGAUCCAUACAAACGGCUCAGUGCGAAGGAGGCUCUGCAGCAUGAAUUCUUCACUACUCCGAUGGACCAUGAUGUGGAAUGGGGAGGACCUGAAGAUAGCGCGGAUAGCAUUGCGGAGGAUGAAGGGGACAAGGAAGAGGAUGAAGCUGAUGAAGUAGAGAUGGUAUAGAGCUCUCGUAAUAAUGUAUAAUGAUGAUACCUGAUCCCGAAUUGUUUUUUUGAGCCGUAUAUAAAAGCCGGUCUGGGAUCUACAGCAAACCAUCGCCAUUGGUCAUGCUAUUGGGAGGCGAAGUUUUUCCCAGAAAAAGACAAUUAUGUACAGAGAAGUAUAUAUUAUAGGCGCAUUUUAUAUAUAUCCGUCUGGACAACUACCCAUUCAUGCUCAUGCUUCACCAAAAUCAACAUGCCCCGUUUGCUCUGCAUGUUGAGUCGCACCCUUCUCACCAAUA